AUGAGGCCUGAUAAAAGUUUUAAGCUUUAUCCUAGGCAAGACCAGGAAUUCAAGAAAAAACACUCCCUUGAUUUCUAGAGGGUACUUGGCAACUUAUAUGGAAAGAGACCAACUGGAAAUAAAACAUAGGCUUUCAUGUGGAUAAUGUGCUUGAUUAUUGGAGUCAUAAUGGGUUCAAUAGCAUUCUUGAUGGAUCUUAUUGUUAACUUCUUUGGAGAUUUGAGGUGGAACUCUGCAGAGACAGCUGCAAGAGAUCAUGCCGGAUUGGGAUGGUUUGUACUUAUUGUUUUUAGCGUAUUAUUCAUAGUAAUUGCAGCUGCUUUAACAAUGUUUAUUGCUCCAACUGCAAUGGGUUCUGGAGUAGCUGAGGCCAUGGGUAUUAUGAAUGGAGUUGCAUAUCCAGAUUACAUAAGCUUACAGGGAUUAUUCGUCAAAUUUAUUGGAGUGUCUUUAGCUGUCGCAGGAGGUUUAUGCGGAGGUAAAGAAGGUCCACUUGUACAUAUUGGAGCAAUAGUUGGAUAUGCCUCUGCCUACUUACCUCUUGGAAUCACUCAAUACUUUAGAAAUGAUUUUGAAAAAAGAAAGCUUAUGGCUGUAGGUACUGCAGCUGGUGUGAGUUGCGCUUUUGGAGCACCUAUUGGGGGUUCACUAUUUGCUUAUGAAAUUUCUAAGCCAAAUACAUUUUGGUCUUUCUCAUUGACUUGGAAAGUAUUUUUCUCUUCAACAGUCAGUACAUUUAUCUUAAGUGUCUUCAAGCAGCUUUAUGAUGGAUUGGAACCUGUGAGAGUAUCAAACUCUGACAUCAUCAAAUUAGGAGAAACUAAUUAUAAAGCUCCAACAAUGGAUAGUUUAAUUGCUGCUAUAAUUUUAGGAUCAUUCGGGGGCUUGCUUGGUGCAAUUUUCAUCAUUAUAAAUAACUCAGUCAAUACGCUUAGAAAAUAUCAUCUAAAAAAUAAGUGGCUUAAAAUACUAGAAUCAAAUAUACUUGUUAUUCUUACAGCGACAGUAAUGUACUUGGCUGUCUACAUUAGAUAUGCUGCAGCAACAGAUCCUGAUAAUAACUCAGAUAUUUGCGAUAUUGAUAAUAAAUAAACAGUAGGUUUUAGAGAACCAACAUCAGGGAUUGAACCAGCUAAAACAAGAUAAUUUUUGUGCCCUGAUGGUAAAUUUGACAGAUUGGCAACAUUGAUGUUUGACUCUCAGGCCAACAUUAUUAAGACUUUUAUGGCUUCUGGAUUAAGAACUAUAAUACUUGAAAAUGCUUUGAUAUUUAUGUUUAUUUGGUAUUUCUUUGUUUGCAUCACCUCUGGCACUGCUGUCCCUGUUGGUAUAUUUAUUCCAUGCAUACUUAUCGGAUGCUCUGUUGGACAUGUAUACAGUCAUAUUCACGAAGCAAUGGGAUUUAAAGUAAAUUACAGUGAUCCAAGUGAAUCUGGAAUAUAACCAGGUAUAUUUGCUAUUUUAGGUGCAACUGCAGUUUUAUCUGGUUCUACCAGAAUGACUUAUUCAUUAGCAGUAAUUAUGCUUGAAACAACAUCGAGUGUAGAGUUGUUCUUCCCAAUUAUAUUCACAUUAUUUGCUUCUUAUGGAACUGGAGCUUUACUCAUUAAUAAGUCUAUCUAUUUAAGCGCACUUAGAUCAAAAAAUAUUCCGCUACUUUCAAAAGAUAUUCCUAGAGAGAAUAGAAACUUGUUAGUCAAAGAAGCGAUGUCAGCCCCUCCAAUUUGUUUCUUGUUUGUGGCUAAAGUAAAGGAUAUCUAUUUCUAAUUGUCAACAACAAAUCAUAAUGGCUUCCCAGUUUAAGAUAAGUAACAUCGAUUAAUAGGACUAGUAGAAAGAGAUGUACUUAUUACUUUGAUUGAAAAAUAAGCAUGGUAUUUCCCAAAUGAUUCUAAAUUACCAACAUUUGGGGAUGGUAUUAUAAUUAAAAAAGACAGACUUUCUGAUAUUAAUAGAAAUAAUUCAAUGGAAUCUUCAAGCAAUGGCAGAGUGAGAGCAAGUUCCUAAGAGAAUUAAUACAUUUAAUCAAACUUCUAGUAAAACCUUCUACAGCAGGAUAUGGAACUAAUGCAUUAAUAGGAGCAGAAGGUAGAUGAAGCAGAUUACGAAGAUUAUAGAUUAUUCCCUAUUUAGGAUGAUAAGAUCUAAUGGUAAGAUUUGAACCAAGAUUUCAAGUCUAAUAUCAGAAACUACAAGGACAUUACUGAAUUGGCUGUAAGAAAUCCAGACUAACUCCUAGAUUUAAGGCCAUAUAUGAUUGAGAGACCUUAUUCGGUGACUAUCAAAGACAAACUUCCUAAGGCUCUUAAUUUAUUCAGACAAAUGUAACUCAGAUAACUGCCAGUCAUAAAUGACACAACCUGCAAAGUAGAGGGAAUAAUCACAAGGCAGGAUUUAUUCCAGUACAUGAGUUUAUGA